GGUGCGACAGGUGGAUGGCCUCGCGGGGCCGAUCGGGCGCGACGGAAGGAAGGACGCGAGGGCAACGCCCGCUAGCCUUUCUUUCCUCCUCCAUUAACUCACCAAGUAAACCACCCAGAGAAGACCAGGGAGAGGAAGAGGAAAGGAAAGCAGCUUCGGCACCGCCAAGGCAACCUCAGCCGGCACGGGGGCCCCAGAGCCGCUGCAUCUGCGCUUGCGCCGACUGCGCUGCGCCGCUAGGCCGGCCACGUGACUGGUACGCCCCGCCCACUGACCCGCGGCUCCUCCCCUUACCGGACCGCUAGCUCCGCCCCUGAAGAGGCACGGCCUGCGUGUUGGAGACUAUUGUGUGACGCCUGCGCACCAGCCACGCUCUCUAUUAUGGUAGAAUUUUUCUUCUCAGGUGCACCGAAGACAAAAAAAGCAUUUUUUUUUUUUUGAGUGUGUGUCUGGGGGAACACUGUUUUCAUGUCGUCUUUCCCAAAGGCGCAGGAACGUUCUUACGUAUUUCUCAGGCUGGAGUUACAAAAUAGGGACCAGAGAAAACCAGCUUGCCACUUCCCGUUUCCUAGCAACUGUUUCCACAGCAACCACUCGGUCGACAACGCUAAGCAGUCUCAGGAGGAGCACAAUAGUUUCUUCCUGAAAAGGGGUCGCUACGAAAGGGUCAAAGGGAGACUAUUAUACGAAAGAGAAAUUUCAGUUUCUUGUUAAGAGACCAAGACAAGAAAAAAAAGCGGCGAGAAAAGGAGCAGAGACCGUGGCUUAGGUAGCCAAAAGUUGAGUAGUUGUUAAGGAAUCCUUUGGUGGCCAUGGACCCAUCCUGCACUUCCGAGAGUAUUUAUAACCUCAUACCCAGUGACUUGAAGGAGCAGCCCCAGCCUCCUAGGUACACGUCAGUGUUUCGAGCAUCUGUAAAAGAUGACGUGAAGAAAUCCAAAACAGCAAUGAAAACCAUGGGGCCUGCCAAGGUUGACCUUCCUUCCCCAAAGGAGUUUCUAAAGAAACAUUCAAAAGAAAAAACACUACCACCUAAAAAAAAGUUUAAUAGGUGCACUCCCAAGAAGCCUCCAGUGCCCUUGAGGACUGAUCAUCCAGUCAUGGGAAUACAGAGUGGAAAAAACUUCAUAAACACAAAUGCAGCUGACGUCAUCAUGGGCGUGGCCAAAAAGCCCAAGCCAAUUUAUGUUGACAAAAGAACUGGAGACAAGCAUGAUCUUGAAACUUCAGGACUGCUCCCCAAGUACAUCAAUAAAAAGGAUUAUGGUGUCACUCCUGAAUACAUAUGUAAGCGAAAUGAGGAUGUAAAGAGAGCCCAAGAGGAGUAUGAUAGUUACAUCCAGGAGAACCUUAAGAAAGCAGCUAUGAAGAGACUUUCUGAUGAAGAACGGGAGGCGGUUCUGCAGGGGCUGAAGAAGAACUGGGAAGAGGUGCACAAAGAGUUCCAGUCCCUCUCGGUCUUCAUCGACUCCAUACCGAAGAAGAUUCGCAAGCAGAAGCUGGAAGAAGAAAUGAAGCAGCUGGAACACGACAUCAGUGUCAUCGAGAAGCACAAGAUCAUCUACAUCGCCAACAAGUGAAUGGAUCAUUGUGGCAGUUCAGAAACAGAAGAAGAAAAAGGGAAAAAAAUCCACAGAGGACAUAAAAAUAAACCCAUGCUUUGUGAAGAGGACUGUGAAGAGAAAAUGUUUUCACCGAACAUGUAGGCAAUGUUAAAAAAUAACUGAAUUAUUCACUGUAGCAGAGAAACUUUUCUCCUCCAGUGUCACAGUUCUCCUUAUAAACAAACCAUUAAAGUUUGACACUCCGUCCUUGGUCUGUAUUCUAUGAUAUCAGGCCUAUCACUGUGUACUCGUUUCGUAUAAAUAUGCAUUUUGGACCUUGAAAAAUAAAAACAUUUAGCAUUUCA